AUGGACCCGAGGGACCGGUUUGGUGAACGGAAGACCACUUGCACGGAUCUCCGAAGAAAACGGCCCGAUUUUGGCUUGCGUGAAUGGCCACAGCCUAGGAACAAAAAUCGCUACGAUUCGACAUCUCGAGGCUCAAAGGAAAACACAGAAGCAUUUGACGUGGGUGGAAUUAGCGAGAAUGUGGUUGCAGAUGAAGACCUUCCACUAUUCUCUACAGGGGUGCUCGAUAUUCCUAGCCAAAGGGCACUUGUAGCUGCUAUCUUCGCGAUCAUCCAAACUUACAAAUUAUACGAUCUGAUAUUGCUGAAAACGGGGCUUCCGGUCUCUGGAGUACUUCUUACUAGCUCGCGUUUCAAUUUCAUAGCAAAAUACGUCGUGAUCGAUUCCCUGUUUCUGUACUUUUUACCGAACCUGAAAAUCCCAAAGCUGACGUUCAGACCUUUCACGGUCUUUCUACAGAUCCUAAUUGCAACAGCCGUGACGGUAUUUCUCUCCAACGAACAGAGCUUCCCAUUUUUGACCGUUCUCAUAUCUGCGUGGUCGAAGUUCAACACUAAGCAAUUGAGUUUGACUGGCGGGUCGGUCAACCAACAUAAAGUUGUUGAUCCCACAUCUCACUUUAAAGGUGCUCUCACUAUUAAGAUACUGCCCGAAAAUACUGCUAUGUUGAAUCCCUUCUAUGACUCUUUUUGUUUGAGUAUGAGUGGUGUGAAUGUUGAGGAUCUUCAUAUUCCGCUGCGUAUCAAUUCCACCUCCGAGAUAGAGUUCUUGCAAUUAGAGUAUCGCGACCUGGAGUCAUCUCAAUCGCAGUUGCUGAACUUCACAAAAAAACAGCUUGUUGAAGUGCCUCAGUCACACUCCUUUUUCAGGAAAGAUCGUGCCUCCCACCAUUCAUCAAUUCGUUACUUCGCCGUCCCCGUUGAAAAAACUGGUUUCUACCAAGUAAAGGAAAUCGUAGACUCGAAGAAAUUUAAGUUAAGGCUCUUCAAAUCGCAGGUCAUUGUCCCACACUGCCCCUGGGGUGUAAUUGCCGGUUUGGGGGACUCGAAUAGAUGUAUUGGUGAUACAAGCAAAGUUUCAAUUGAAGCCCAUGGUGUUCCACCUUUAAAACUAGAAUACAGACGCUCGUUGGAUGGCGAAUCGUCUCGUUUUGUGGACACAAACUUGCUUCCGGAGCGUUUUAAGUCUCCACUCACGUCAAAUCAGAAAAUUUUGUCGAGUGAAGCGCUAGCAAAUUUGGAAUGGGCUAAAAGCUAUCCUGUAGCCAUCAGUCUAGAGUCGACUUUGAAAGACGACGGGGCGUAUUCCUAUACUUUGGAAAAAGUCACUGACGGUCUGGGAAAUAAGAUGGACUUUUCGUCAAUGUCACAAGAUUUGCUACAGAAAUACGGCGUCUCAUACAGUUUCGAGGUUCACAAUCUGCCUAAAGCCACUUUAGACUCUAAAUUUGAUCACAAUUCCCCAACAAAGCGGUCGCUUGUUGUUAACUUUGAAAGUGUACGAAACUGGGAACAGGGCUGUCCUUAUAAAGCUGUCCUUAAGGUUUCUAACGAUAAAGAGCAGGUUUCAACUUUGGAGUACGACUUGAACAAAUCAACCACUGAAAUCCUCGUUGAAUCACCGGGUACAUAUAGCUUAGAAUCGGUGAGUUCCAGAUUCUGCUCUGGAAUUGUCAUUGACAAGUCGAGCAUUCUUGUGACUAAGCCUAUUCCACCUAGUUUGAAAGUCAAGUCGACACCCAUCUUGGAUCAGUGUGUUGGACAGGUUGGUCUCAAUUUUGAUCUUACAUUCACCGGAGUACCUCCCUUCUACUACAGAACAAAGAUUUACAAAAUUGAAGGUAAGGAUCGUACACUACACGAUACAAAGAAGUUCACUUCGCAGGGCACAAGAAAUCAAUUUCGUUACAGCCCUACAACUGAGGGAAAUUAUGAAAUUGUUUUUGAUCAAAUUUCCAACGCUUUGUUCACAAAAGCUAUUCAUUUGGCACCAUCAAAUGACUUCACCUUCACCACUUCAAUGAGGGUAAAACCUGAUGCUUCCAUUGCUGCAAAGUAUGCCACCCAACUGUGUUUGAAUAGUCGAAGCAAAAUACCAGUGACUUUCAAAGGUGAGGCACCUUUCACUUUGGAGUACGAUAUUUUGGAGACCUCCACGAACAAAAGAUCUACUUAUUUUCUCAAGGACAUCAAUUCCUACGCAUUUGAGGUUGAAACUCCCAAUUUUGACGUCGGUGGAGACUAUAUUCUAUCACUUGUAUCUGUGAAAGACACAUCUGGCUGUGAGGUUGGUAUAAGCUCCGCAGAUGCUCGUAUCGAAGUCCGUCGAGACAUUCCGUCAGCUGAAUUCAAUUCGUUUGAGCACAACAAUCAGGUGCUCAUGAAAGAGGGUUCGGUAGCAGAACUCCCGAUGAGCCUUUCUGGUAUAGCUCCAUUUACUGUCACUUACCAGCAUGUCAGCAAAGCGGGGCAAGUGAUGGGUACAUUUGAGACGAAAUUUCUUUCGACUUACAAAGCUACCUUGAAAGUGGACAACGAAGGGAUCUAUAAAUUGUUAUCGGUCAAGGAUCGCAGUUGUUCAGGAAAGGUUGGCUCCAAUCAUGAGUUCGAAGUUUCUUUCUUGAGCAAACCCAGCUUCACUGUUGUCGAAAAUAGCAAACUGCAACAGUCUCAAGAUGGUGUAUUAAAGAAAACCUCAGUUUGUGAGAACUACGAAGAAACCGUUGAUUUGGUAUUGAAGGGUUCUCCUCCAUUUGUGGUUUCCUAUGACCUCACGUCCCCAAGCAACCAAAUCACAUCGAAGUCUAUUCAUGUAGCUACAAAAUAUGCCACUAUCAAGCUCCCCAACGAUAGAGCAGGCCGCUACACGCUGACGAUAAAGGGCGUAUCAGACUCGCACUACUCUGAGAAAGAUCUUGUCAAGAUAGGUUUUGUUUCUCCGGACGUGGUCAUCAAGCAAGACGUGAAUCCACAGCCCAGUGUUCUCUUCUCUGAGCCCGGUAAAACGUUCCGCACUUGCUCGGCUGACAUAGAUCACACUGCCGGACUCGAAAAGAUAGGUUUGCAAGUCAAAGCCGGACAGGUGCCUCUUGAGGUCUCUUUCAGUAUCUACCACGAGAGCACCAGUAAAACUGAUCACAUUACGAUCAAAAAUGUUACCAAAAGCGCUUUUGACCAUGCCAAGCUAUUUAAAGGGCUAAACCUCGGCAACCAUAUUGUGACCAUAGGAGAGGUUAUCGAUGCUAAUGGGUGUGCUUCGGAAGAUAAAUCAGGAAGAAAUCACGUCGUCAUAUCCAUUACAGAUGUUCCACGAAUUUCUUUACUUGAGCCAAACAUGGACUUUUGUGUGGGUGACUAUGUGUCCUACCAACUGGGAGGCAUGGCGCCUUUCACGAUAAAGUACGAGUUCAAUGGGGUUUCCCUGAAAUCAAAGGAGCGUACAUCUCAAUUUGUAAGGCUGGCAUCCGAAGCGGGCAAAAUAUCCAUUAGUUCCUUGCAGGACUCUGCUUCGCAAUGUGUGGUAAACUUCAUGAAGCCUGGGAUGGAGCGGCAAUUCGAAGAGCUGUCGCUUGAAGUCCACCCCAUUCCGUCUGUGACAGUUUCUCGUGGUGAUUAUAUUGUGGAAGACAUUCACGAAGGAGAUCAGGCCGAGAUUAUAUUCUCAUUUGAGGGGACUCCUCCAUUCUCUCUAACUUACGUCAGAACCGAAGAAGCAGACGACAAACGUGGAAAGAGAAGACCCCAGAUCGUCGAGACUCAUAAGGUUGAAGACAUCUACGCAUACGAGUACAGAACUUUUACAAGUUUACAAGGCAGAUACGAGGCCGUUGCCAUCUCUGAUGCAUACUGCUCCGCGAAAAACAAUGCAUAUUUCACUUGA